AUGCCUUAUAAUCUCAAGGGCAGGAAUGUCCUGGUAACUGGAGGUUCCAGGGGACUUGGUGCGCUCGUCGCACGCAAGCUAGCUGCGGAAGAAUGUAACGUGGCCAUCAAUUACAUCUCCAGUUUGGAGAGGGCAGAGAAGACAGCGCGAUCGAUCCAAGACGAUUUUCAUGUCCAGACUUUUGUCGUGCAAGGUGAUGUCGGCGUGCAUGAUGACUGCGUGAAUAUGGUUCGGAGGACCAUAGAGGCUCUGGGCGGGUUAGAUGUUAUUGUUUCGAAUGCCGGGUGGACCAAAUUCACAGCAUUCGGCAACCUGCACGCCAUGACAGAAGCAGACUGGGAUAAGUGCUGGGCGGUCAAUGUCAAGGGAAAUCUCCAUCUCCUUCGGGAAGCAGCGCCGACCUUCAACGGAAAUGAGGAAGGCGGAGUCUUCCUGAUCACUUCCUCACUUGCGGCCGUCUCUCCUUCUGGUAGCUCACUACCGUACUCUGUGACCAAAGCAGCAGGCUUGCACCUCAUGAAAGCUUUGGCUGUCACACAAGGACCUAAGAUCAGAGUAAACGCAAUUUUACCGGGCCUGCUGCUUACUGAAUGGGGCCAACAAUUUACCAACGAGCAGCAACAAGUAAUGGCGGACCGAGCCACUUUAAAACGAGUCACCGAUCUGGAAGACUGCGCCAAUGCGUUCGUUGCAACUGCCAAGAACGGGUCCAUGACGGGACAGGAGAUACAAGUAGAUUCAGGCAUGCUUAUUCGCUGA